AUGGCAGGCGGCGGUCCCGGUGCUAACUCCCGCGGUCGCGGCGGCAAAUUCAAGAAAUACACGCGGGGAGGCGGCAAGCACUUUUCGCGUGACCUGCGACCGCUCGAUGCCGACGGCAAUGAGAUUAGCAUGUGGAGUGCUGAUGCUCAGAAGAAGCUCCAGGAAUCCGACGAGGAGUCUGAGGAAGAGUCCGAGGAAGAAGACUCUGAGGAGGAAGAGGAUAAUGCCGCCGGCCCUUCAAGCACGGCCGCGGCCGAACUGAGCCGUGAGGAACGCAAGAAGGAGAAGAAGGCCCGCAAGGAAGCCGCCGCUGCCAGGGCCAGGCAGCAGGCCGUACAGGUCGGAGACCUGCCGCCGAGUGACUCUGAGGAGGAGAGCGAGGACGACAUGCCCGCCAACCCGAAUCAUUCCCGCCAGGCGCGGAACCAGACUAAGGCGCCGGCGGCUGUCGAUGAGGCUACCGAGGGCCUUGCGAAGCUGAGCACGGGCACACCGAGCAGACGGGAGCGUGAGACGCUCGAGGCUGCUCAGGCGAAGGAAAGAUAUCGCAAGCUGCACGAGGCCGGCAAGACGGAUGAGGCCAAGGCGGACCUCGCUCGCCUGAAGGCUAUUCGGGAAAAGCGCGAGGCCGAAGCAGCCCGCAGACAGGCUGAGAAGGAGGAGAAGGAGGCGCUAGAGAAGGCGCGACGGGCCGAAAUGGAGGCCAGGGAAGCCAAGAGACGCGAAGCGGCGUUAGGCCCGGCGAAGAAGCCGAAGAAGAAAUGA